AUGAACAUCUCUGAAGUGGAGGACCACAUUUCUCAGAAAUACGAUAUUAAGAGGAGACUCGGGAAAGGGGCUUAUGGGAUAGUGUGGAAGGCUGUGGACCGGAGGACUGGAGAGAUUGUAGCUGUGAAGAAGAUAUUUGAUGCUUUCAGGAACAGGACUGAUGCCCAGAGGACAUUCCGAGAGAUCAUGUUUCUGCAGGAGUUUGGAGAUCAUGUCAAUAUCAUCAAACUGCUCAAUGUCAUCAGAGCCCAGAAUGACAAGGACAUUUACCUGGUGUUUGAAUACAUGGAGACAGACUUACAUGCAGUGAUUAAGAAAGGAAACCUGCUGAAAGACAUCCACAAGCGCUACAUCAUUUACCAAAUCCUCAAAGCAACAAAGUUCCUGCACUCUGGCAACGUCAUCCACAGGGACCAGAAGCCCUCCAACGUGCUGCUGGACAGGGACUGCUUUGUGAAGCUGUGUGACUUUGGGCUGGCACGCUCGCUGCAGCAGCUGCAGGAGGAGGCGGGGAGCCCCCCCCUCACCGAGUACGUGGCGACGCGCUGGUACCGUGCCCCUGAAAUCCUGCUGGGCUCAUCCAGGUACACGCAGGGUGUGGAUAUGUGGAGCGUCGGCUGCAUUCUGGGAGAGAUGCUGCUGGGAAAGGCUCUCUUCCCCGGAACCUCCACCAUCAACCAGAUCGAGAGGAUCAUGAGCACAGUGCCACACCCGAGCCCCGAGGAUGUGAACUCCAUCCGAUCAGAGUACGGAGCAUCAGUCAUCCAGAGAAUGCUGCUGCGGCCUCAGGUGUCUCUGGAGGACGUGUUGCCCCCCUCAGUGCCGGCCGACGCGCUGGACCUGCUGAGGCGCCUGCUGGUCUUUAACCCGGAGAAGCGGCUGAGUGCAGAACAGGCGCUGCAGCACCCCUAUGUGUCCCGGUUCCAUAACCCUGACAGGGAGCCCAGUCUGGGCCGUGAGGUGGUUCUGCUUGUGGACGAUGACAUCCAGCUCUCAGUGGCCCAGUACCGCAACAAACUGUACGAGAUGAUUGUGGAGAGGCGGAGCAGCCUGCGGAUGCAGCGACAGGCUCAGCUGAGGCAGGGGGCGCGGUCAGGGGCGGAGCCGGGGGCGGGGUCUGGCUGUGAGGAGGGCGGUGCUGGAAAGGAGAACGGCUCCAGGGAGCAGGUGAAGAGUGACCACAGCGGGCUGCUGCCCCCUGGUGGCCAGUCAGAUGCCUAUAGUGAGGUAAAGCCUACCCACAAUGCAUCAGUGUUCUUCCAUCAGCAGCGUGCUGUGGGCUCUAACAGGAGGCUGGUGCAGCCGGUGAGCCAGGAUACCCCAGCACAGCCAGCAGGUGGCGAUAACAGCAGCGGCCUCCCAGCCACAGAGUGGUUUCCACAACGAGGUCGCUCCGCUCCUGCAUCUCAGUCCCUGUCACAGUCCCUGACGCUCUCACGCCCACAAAACAACCCCCUGGUGCGCCGGGGCGAGCCCUCAGUACCUGCUGGCGUCGGUGUUGCCUCUGCGUGUCUGAACCAUCGGUCCCAGGCCCAGGCACGCGACUCGCGGGUCCCCCCCAGAUCCAGCAAGAAGAUUUUCCAGAACACGGCCAACGUGGGGGCAGCUGGAGACGCGCGGGCCAAGCUGGGGAGCUACUCACAGGCGUACGGCACCAUCAACAAAACCCAACUGGACAACCUGCUCAGGAGAGCUGCAGCCAGCAACCACCAGCAGGGCGGCGCCAGGGGCGGGGACAGAAACGCACUGAGAUGA